AUGCCCAUCCAGGUCUAUUCCUUCUAUAUCUUCGACCGCCAUACGGAAUGCGUCUACUCGAAACUAUGGCACCAACCACACCAACAACAACAGCAACCCCCUCUCCCGUCCUCCACACACACCACCACCGCGCCCACCUCGACGACAACCACCAUCACCACAACAGCGAACACCACCAACGGCCCUCACCACGGCCGCCACCACCCCGUCCGCAGCGCCAAGGACCAGGCCUCAGACGACGCGAAGCUGAUCUUCGGCACGGUCUUCAGCCUGCGCAACAUGGUGCGCAAGCUGGGCGGCGAAGACGACGCCUUCAUCGCCUACCGCACCCAGCACUACAAGCUGCACUACUACGAGACCCCCACCAACCUGCGCUUCGCCCUGCUGACCGAGCCCGCCGCCCUGAGCAUGCGCAACGUGCUGCACCAGAUCUACAUCAACCUGUGGGUUGAGUAUGUAGUUAAGAACCCGCUCGCGCCGGUGGAGCACAAGGGCGGAGAGGGCGUCCGGAACGAGAUGUUUGAGAUGGGCCUAGACAAGUUCAUCAGGGGACUGAUGUGA